GUGAAAAAAAUGUUUACCUUAAAAAAAGGAAUUCGAAAGGCGAGAGAUAGAUUUUUUUUAAUUUUGGCCCUCUGUGUAUUUGAGUUUGACACCCCUGCUUUAGUUCAUGGCGGAUGCAACUGUUUCUUUGCAGCACGACGGCACUGUUCUGCACGCGCGUUCAAGCGCCCUCUAAGGUUACAACAUACGAUGGUCACAAAACCUGGUGUAACACCGGCAAACAAUCAACAGGAAUCUACGUCACAAACAAUUGCUGCUAUGGCUGAAAAGACCAUCCAAAUGGAAGAGACAGGAGAAGCCCCUCCGGACGCAGCCAUGUUGACCAACUUGAAGAAAGUGGAAAACCACAUGACAAUGGCACAGAGGUUCUCACACCUACCACAGCGCUCACCUGUAGACCUGGAGUUCACCGACCUUUUGUACACUGUUAAUGUGGGCCCACGCUGCAGGAAGAAAGUUUGCAAGGCGAUUCUGAAGUGUUUGUCAGGGAAGUUUUGCAACGGAGAGCUCAUUGGAAUUAUGGGGCCUUCUGGGUCUGGCAAGUCCACCCUCAUGAAUAUUCUUGCUGGAUACAGAUACACUGGUAUGGAGGGUCAAAUCCUGGUAAACGGGAGACCGCGUGACCUUCGUGCCUUCAGGAAGAUGUCCUGUUACAUUAUGCAGGAUGACAUUCUUUCGCCACACCUCACCACGCAGGAGGCCAUGAUGGUUUCAGCCAACCUUAAGCUAAAUGAGAAAAUGGAAGUUAAGAAAGAAUUGGUGAAUGAGAUCCUCACUGCUCUAGGCCUGCAGGAGAGUGCACACACUCGUACACACUCUUUAUCCGGAGGUCAACGAAAACGGCUGGCUAUUGCACAGGAGCUGGUCAACAACCCCCCUGUCAUGUUCUUUGAUGAACCAACUAGUGGUCUAGACAGUGCAUCCUGUUAUCAGGUGGUUUCUCUAAUGAGGUCACUUGCUCUGGGUGGAAGAACCAUCAUCUGUACCAUUCACCAGCCCAGUGCUAAACUUUUUGAGAUGUUCGACAAGCUGUACAUUCUGAGUCAGGGCCAGUGCAUAUACAAGGGCACAGUCCCAUAUCUCAUCCCCUAUCUGACGAACCUGGGUCUUCAUUGCCCUACUUACCACAAUCCUGCAGACUUCAUAAUUGAAGUGGCAUCAGGAGAGUAUGGUGAUUUAAAUCCUGUGCUCUUCGAGGCAGUGCAGACUGGCAUGUGUUCAGAGGGUGAAAACAUGAACUCUAGUGACAAGAGUGAUCCCACAACCUCCUGUCCAUCACAGUGUAACAACGAGUCAGGACAAAUUGAAAAACAUACCUUUGCCACCAGUACACUCACACAGUUCUGCAUUCUUUUUAACCGAACCUUUAUAACUAUAUACAGAGACAUGGUGUUGACCCACCUGAGGGUGAUGUCACAUCUGUCUAUCGGAGUUCUGAUCGGUCUGCUGUACCUGAACAUUGGCAAUGAUGCCAGCAAAGUGAUCAGCAACACUGGAUUCCUCUUUUUCUCCAUGCUCUUCCUCAUGUUUGCUGCAUUAAUGCCCACUGUCCUUACAUUUCCUCUGGAGAUGUCAGUCUUUAUGAGGGAGCAUCUGAACUACUGGUACAGUUUAAAGGCUUACUACCUAGCAAAGACCAUGGCUGACAUUCCAUUCCAGGUCCCAAAAUAUCAGUGAACCUCAGGAGGUGGAUCCAGAUGGAAUUGAUGUUGCUCCCAUCAGGACCCUUCAUAACUUUAGACCCAGACACAUGUAAGUAUCUCCUCAAAGCAGAUGCUGUUAAAGAUCCACCAUGAAUAAGUGUGUGAACGAGAGUGUUAAAUAUCAUUCAGCUAAUGAACAUACAAUCGUGUAUCAUUUCAUCACGUGUAAAUUUGAACAUAUGAUUUUUUCAUGUGAAAUGCUGCUUUUGUCUAGUUUUAUAUUUUGAGGAACAGAAACACACAGAGUUCUACAGCGAAAUAAUCAGUUACAGAGUGGUGCUACGUGGCCUUCUUAAAGCUGAGUUACUUUUAUCACUGGAGAGUUGAUUUUCCUUUAACACAAUAAUUGCCUUCAUUUAAUGAAAAUAAUAUUGUUCUAAAGAAGAAAAAAGGGGAGAUUUAAAGACUUUUGAUAUGUUACAUAUUUGGUUCACAUGAAACUACAAUGAGUUGAUAUGUGAAUAAUGAUGUGGCUGCAUUCUGAAGACUUUGUGCUUCUUGUUUCUGCUGUUAAAGUGUGUGAUCUUCUUGUUUUUCAGAUAUUUUGAAUGAGGUGUAACUAUGGUAUGAGUCUCUGUUUGUUUUACUCCUCCACACACACACACACACACACACACACACACACACACACACACACACACACACACACACACACUCACUCCUGCUCACACUCCUUAAAACACAGGCAUGAUGAAGAGGGUGAAGGAUGUAGUCAUUAAUGUUCACAUCCACAAGUAAGCUCUUCAAUCGGCUGUACAAUCAUUUCCACCAGGGUUUUGUUUCUCCCUUGUUUUUGAUCACACACUCUCUGUGUCUCUCACUGAGUAGGUCCUCCAACUCAAUCACUCUGUUCUGGAUGUCCACCGGUGCAUUGGGCACCUCGUCUUUUUACAGCGUUUACUGAUCUGUUCAUCACAUUUUUAUAAAGUUUCAUCUCUUUCGUAUUACAAAAACGAUCAUUUAAUGCUCCAAUGUUCUGAAAAAAUCUUAUGAGAAAUCUGAACAUUUGAAGGAAAACCUUUGUGUUGAAGUAACAUUGCUAAAGUUUCUCAAACACAUUGCUAAAUGACACAUUCAGCAACAUGGACAGGACUCAGUAUUAAUGAUAAGGUAUUAAUUUAAGCGUGAUCCAGAUUUAACUGAUGAUAAGCAUGCGCCAAGUUUGCUAAAUAAUGAUAAUAUAUUUGAAACUAGGAGGUUGAUUUGGGAAGAAGAAGACAGACAUCACUUUUCUAGUUCUAGAACUCUGCACAUACAACUCACUCAUGUACUCACCAAUGGGGUGAUCUACAUAACUGACACAGUUGUCAUUAUGCAUAUAACACAAACGUUUUAAUUUUUUUUACACUGUCUUCAAAUUUCAACAGAUCCUUAAAUCACACUCACUCUGCUACUAUCAUGCAGUCCACAGCACACACAAAAGUUUUGCUGCUGACUAGGUGGUUACAUGUGGGGACAGCAAUUUGUUUCUCAAACACAUUGCUGAAUGAAAGAUCUUUAGUCUUGGAUGAAUAAAAGCAAAACUUCAUAAUCACAUAAUAAUGAUCAAGGACACACACACUUUACACAUACUCAUAGUUAUACCCUGGUGUCACACGAUACCUUUAUUUUUUUAAUUUCUUAAUUUUAGCAAAUUUCUCUUAUUUUUUGUUAUCACAUUCUUUUUUUCGUGUUUUGUCCAGUUCCCCUUAUCUCCGAACCUCGGUUCUCUACCCCAUCAUGUGAUCCCAUAUUUGGGUUUCCUGUUCUCCUCAGUUACCCUUAUUUUCAACCUUUCUCUGUUAUUAUUAAAAAAAUAGCUUUUGAAUAAAACCUUUACCCCCUCAGGUACAGCUUCAUUCUGUUCUCAGACUUUGUGCAUGAACAACCAUUUUGCGGCCUAUUUUGUUUUCCUGCAUAUGCAAGGCAUAAGUGUUCUGCUUUUAUUCUAUUUUAUAAUGCUGUUCACUAUUCUACUGUCAUUUAAUCAAGCUAUAAUCUUUUUACUUGGAUUUUUUAUUCAUCUAUGCUUAACUGUAUUGUUCUGCUUAGUCGUGUUAGUAUCUAGGUCAUACGUCAUUCAUACUUUCCAAACUGACUAUGUUACAUAGUGUGUUGAGCUUUACAGAGAUAGCAUUUAUAAGCUUGGUACUUUUGUCGCUACAUGCAAUUUCAGCUCUUCUUAUGUUACUUUUGGGUACAUUCACCAGAUUACACGCCGCUAAAAUGAGAAUAACCUUGACAAUUUAGGAGAAAUUGUAUGCGCUCCUUUGUUUGAUUAUAUUGUAGCAUUUAGCAUGUUCAACAGUGAUGUCCAUGUCAAUCUUUUAAGACUGUGACUGUGUUAUUAUUUGUGACAACAGUUAUAAAAUAUUAUACAAAUAAUUUUUCUGGAGAAGCCAUAAUACAUAUUCCUUAGGGUUUUAGUUUGUCAUACCCAUCCACAUGCCAAACAUAAUUUCGACCACAGCUGUUAUAUCAGCUUCGUCUAAGGCCUUUAAAUUAAUAAAAUCCACUCCAUUCCAGUCGAAAUUGCGAGAAAAAAAAAGUUGCAAGUAAAAUGUCAGAAUUAUGUAAACUUUUUUAUGUGGGAGAAACAGGCUUCCAUACACUUGUAUAUGGAACUGGAGGUAAACAGUUAAUGUUCUGAGUGAACAGUUGUGUCACCUCAUUGUCUGAUUUAAAUUCCACAUUAUCAUCUACGUUUAGCUUUUAUAAAUAUCUUAACUGUUUUGUUUUAACUAAAAAGUAAGACUAAGUUAUUUUGUUGUAAUGUAUGUUUAAUCUCAUCUACUGCUCUGACAGUAACUCAUGUA